AUGUGGGACAUGACCGAUAGACACUCAAAACAAGCCGACUACGCUUCCGAUGCAGUGGAUGGACCGGGAAGGCGGGACAAAGACUACGCGAAACGACCUACAACCUCAUCACGCGCGGAGCGACGCCAGAGAUCUCGAUCUCAUGGCAGGGAUGAUAGAAGACGCGACCGAAGCAGAUCACGGGAGAGGCGACCCAGAGACGGGGCUAGAGAUGCACCCAGAGAUAGCCGGCGGGACGACGGCAGAGAUGCACGUGGCCCAAGGGAUAGAGAUCGAAGCAGAAGUCGGGAUCGGAGCCGUGAGAAGGAGUAUUCACGACGAGAUUAUCAUUCCAAGCCCAGUCGAUAUUGGGACGUCCCUCGAACUAGGUCGAAAUCUCGCUCCCGCUCUCCAACUCGCAAUGGCACAAAAAUGCGAACAAGGUCCCCGCCCCGCGGUCCCAGGUCGGAACGCAAAGACGCCGGACGGCGGAGCGCACCUCCAGACGACGACAGACGCCCUAAUGGAUCCGAUAGAAAACGACCUUCAAGGCCUCAAGAUGCUUCGAACAUGGAUAUGGACGUGGAUAUGGAAGCUGAUGGGAUGGAAGAAAUGAUGUUGAAGACAAUGGGAUUCAAGAAUUUCCGAUCUACACAAAACACUAAAGUCCCCGGGAACCAGAUAUACGGAGUUCGAAAGGAGAAGAAGACGGAGUAUAGACAGUACAUGAACCGGGUGGGCGGUUUCAACAGGCCAUUGAGUCCUUCAAGAUAA